AUGGACAUGUUGACUCUAAACGACGAUAUUCUCCAUAACAUCGCCGAAAUGCUUUCCGCCGCGGAAUGCAUCCCUCUCUCGUCGGUGUCUCGCGAUCUGCAUUCAAUCGCGCGGCCGUAUGUGUUCGCGUCGAUCACUGUUCGUACCGUGGAGCAGCUAUUCAAUAUGCACGACCACCUCAUCCGUAACAUCGACAAUCGCUUGAUCUGGCCUCGGGGAUUGACUGUCUUAGUCUAUGGCGCGGCGGGAAUGGCAGGAGCAGCCUGGGAGCGUCCAGUCGUCGAUGUGCUAGCUGGCAUUCUCGAGCACGCGCGGGAGCUGAAGGUUCUGGAGAUCUACAAUUGUGAGGAGGCUAUCUGCUGCAAUGCACUGGUCGGAGAGUAUUUGACUGCACUGCCGAAUCUCUCGGACAUAUCCCUGUUCUGCGUCGGGACAAAAACGCUCGAUGUCCUACACAGAAUGGUCAGCAGACCGAAGAGAGCAGUACUGUCGGGUUCGCUCAAACACAAUCGAUUCUCAACACACAUCGCCCGAGCACCCGUGCUUGACAACGUCAAGGAGCUCAGGCUAUAUCAAUUCGAUGGAGUACCUUCACCGCAGCUUCUUUCGAGCCUUUCCGGUGCACAUCCACAGGUGGAAACGCUGCAUCUCGGUGUCUGUGCCGUGUAUCCCUGUCUCAUCCUGUUUCCCAACAUACGGAGGCUGACAAUUCACAUCUGCCAGUUCGACCUACCAGCUCCUGGCCAUCACAUAGAGCAACGUCACCUGGGCUAUUUAGCGGUUGAGCCAACCAACCUUCAUCUCAUCUCAGCCCUAGGCAUCCGCAGCGAUUACCUGCGACUAUACACCGAGUGGCAGGACUUCGAUCCUUCGGAAGAUCACGAACUUGUUUCCGCCGCCGCCGUGUUGGAGCUGGGCUUGUCCCUGAGUGCGAGCUACACUGAGUCCAGCAUGGCAUUGGCACAGAUGAUCUCAAGAAAACUAUCAAGAGUAAGAUACCUCGUCUUGACGAUCGAAGAAUCGUACUCAGCGAUGGCCUCGUGGAUGAAGGAUAUUCCAUCUUCGUUGUCGCCCUCGCAACUCAUUUGCAUAACGGUUCAUGUGACCCACCCAAAUGACAGAGGUCCAUCGCGCGAAACAUGGCUAGAAUUGCUGCAGCGACUGGAGGACGCCCACAUCUCCGCAAUACCCUCGCUUCGGUUCUACAGCCAGGUCCUUGGCUGGAGGCACACAGACAAUCCUUCGGAGACUACCUGGAGGCGGAUCGAGGGCGAUGGUGGCCGUCGCGCGGUGCGGCCGAUCCUCAGUUGGCAGGGCGAGAGGAUUCAUCGCUACCUGCAGUCUCCUGAGUUCUGCCGCACGUUGCGGUUUGACGAGGAAGCUGCCCUGCAAUACACCGGCCGAUCAAUACGAAGGGAGAGCUAGAUUGUCAAGCGACUCGGAGCUUGGAAAUGGAGGCCGGCGAGCGGCCUACUAGGUGGUAUCACGACAGGAUGCUGUCCGGAGGACGCCUGUGCAACACACGGCUCUCGCCUUAGCUGCGUGUACGUAUGGCAUUCAUUUCACGAGAGCAGCGAGCAGCGGAUCGGCUUCCGAGUCGCAGUCUACCCACUUCGUCCGAGUAUCACUCGGUGAUGGAAUCCUCGCUUUUGUCAGUCGCAGUCGAACGUCGCCCUAUGCCUUCGCGGUCAUCCUGUAGCUAGUAUUCUGCCGUGGAUGCCUCGAACGAGCCAAAGGAUGUACCACUCGUUGAAUAAUCCAAAGUCUCAUUUGACAUUGA